AUGAACUGGGCGGCCGCCGUGUGCUGGGCUCUGCUGCUAGCGGCCACCUUCCUCUGCGACGGCAGUGCAGCCAAGGGUGGCCGCGGUGGGGCCCGUGGCAGCGCCCGAGGUGGGCGCGGGGCCUCGAGGGUGCGUGUGAGGCCAGCGCCCCGCUACGCGGGCUCCUCGAUGCGCGUGGCCGCGGGGGCGGCGGCGGGGGCGGCAGCGGGGGCAGCCGCAGGCCUGGCAGCAGGCUCCAGCUGGAGGAGGGCCACGGGGCCGGCGGAGCUCGGCCCAGAGGAUGCGGAGGACGGGGCACCUGGUGGCAACGGGACGGAGCGAAGCGUCUACAGCUACUGGGCGUGGACCUCGGGCGCGGGGCCCACAGGCCACAGGCACCUCUGCCCGCUGCUGGGUGGAACCCUGGGCGCCCUGCGGCUGCUGCGGCCCUAGGCUGGGCUGGGCGCUUCCGGCCAGAGCUGCCCCCAGCCUGUGCCCUCCUCCCAGGCCCCGCAGCCACCUUAGAGGCUACCCAGCCCUGAUCGCCCCUUCCCUCCCCUGCCCACAGCCAGGAGCCUAGAGCAGCAGCGUCGGCAGCUCUGGCCGGUCUGCCCAGAGCUGCGACACCUCCCGCCCGACCCCCUCCCCACCUCACGCCCUCCCAGGGGGCCGGCGCCCAGCAGCUCCAGAAUACCCUGCCUCCCGGCUGGGGUUAGAGUCCCCCCUGAGCCAGGACAGGAGGUGUCCUGCUGUGCCUGCACUGGUCCACGCUGGCCGGCGCCCACCACUCCACAGGCUGUUCAGGUCACCCCAGCUCCUCUGAGCCCACCCUGGACACUUGAGAGCUGUGGGCGGUGCUGACCACUGGGCAGGGAGGCGGACCCUCAGGCUGGGCUGGUUCUGCCACAGCCGAGGACCUGGUGCCCCCCGUCCCCCCACAGAGGCAGCCCCAGGGACUGAAGGACUUGAGGAAAAGCGCUGAUCACACAUCCAGAAAGGAGAGAGGUACGUCUGUGGAUCUGUGAGCCCAACAUGGCCCGUUCUCUGGACACUCCCAGAACACCCUCACCCAGGGCCUGCCCAGAGCCUUGCCCUGCCUGUGGACCCAGGGGCCACAGCCUUCUCUGGGCAGACAUUGCAAGACCCACUGCUGGGGGAGCCAGGGGAAUACAGCCCACAGCAGCCUCCGAAGACGCAAGGUUUGCCUCCGGCUCCCAACGCCCAGGGUGAGGCAGUCGUGCCUCUCAGGUGCCUUUCCCUCCAGCUGCCGACCUGCUCCACAGGCGUGGGCCCAGCCUGGGCCCAGGCUCGCCCACCCGUCCUCUGGCUAGAGGAGCCCCUGGGCCUCGCAGGAUGGCUCCAGCCUGGCUCCUGGUCGGUCGGGCACUGCUGCAGGUGCCAGAGCCUCGCGAGCCACAGGCCUGCCUCCAGAAUCUGCCCUCGCCUGCCCCACGCCGCGAGGCCUGUGCUCAGCUGACGGAUGCGUGUCCAGACCAGCAUCUCCAGGAGCCCUGCCGCCUCUGCCUUCCCAGCUGGCCCUCGGCUCUGGUUGCAGUCAGGGUCUCAAAUUAUCCACAGGGCCUGGACCAAGCAUUUCUCUCCAAAGACCCAGGCGCCAAGCUACAGGACACAGCUCCCUGGAGCCUCCUGUGUCCACACUGCCAGCAUUCUUGGGUGCGGCGCCCAGAUGCCCUCAUCCUCCCAGACUGAGCUCCAGGCUCCGCAAGACCAGCGGGGGGUGGCUGAGCCCAAGCCAGGGUCGCAGAGGCAAUGUUUGAAAGUCUUAAACAGGAGGGCCCAUCAAGGCAGCUCCUUGGUGACUCAGUUCUCCCUGACGGGCCAGGCUGAGCUGUGCUCAGCCUCAGACACCCAGGACACAGACUCCGGCUGGUCCAGACCCUCUUCUGCCUCUGCAGCGUGCACCGCUAACAAUGGACGUGCUGGAAAUACCACUCAUGUCAAAUGAUUCCACUCCACAACCCAACUUCAGGAGGGUUUGGCAUGUGCAGCCACACAUCCCUGAACACUUCCCACCCAACGGGGCAGGGUUCCAGCAAGAAGCAGGCGGCGCUCAGGGUGGACAGCCUCAGGAGAACUGGUGAGUGUGCUGGGAGGGGGCGCAGCAGGACCUAGAGGGCCGCCUACAGGAAGAGGCUCCGGGAAGGUCGCACCACCACUGGACACAGAAGAGCUGGAGCUGUGACCAGAUGCACGCCCACGCUCAACACCCUUCCCUCCCCGCCCUCUUCCAGAAGUGCAGGCUGUGGUGGUGACCUUCCUGCCCCUCAGGUGUGAGCACAGCUACGCCGGGCACCAUCUCAUUAGCUGGAAGGUGCUCAGAGGCGGCAGGAAGGCCUGAGGUCUCCACUGACCGCCCUGGUUUGUGCACAAGCUGGGCUGUGAGCAGAUCGGCCCUGGGCACCAAGGGGAUGGGGCUGCUGGAUUCUGCCAAGGCUUCUCGGGACCUCCUGUGUGUGCGUGUGUGUGUGCACGCUUCAGUGGUGAAAUAAACUCUGCUGCCAA